AUGGAUUCCAACGGCUCCUAUACCCGCUCCUUCGACGAAUCCUUGAUUCGCGAAUUACCCCAGCUUCAGUCUCUCCGCAUUGCUCCCCUCCGUCAGCCGGUGUCUCGCCUCUUGGCUGUGCCCUCCCCGCUCGAACCCAAUGCCAGUCACGUCCGGGAACCCUCCAGUAGCAACAAUCCCGGCAUCCUCCCUGCCCGCAAUGACUCGGCCCAAUCUGGAGCCUCCGAAGGGGCGGCUGCUCCCCGACCGAAGAAGUCGGAUGCCCCUGCGGACUCCCUCCCCAGCCUGGAGGCGCCUCCCCGGCCAAUUCUCCCAGCUUUUGUCAAUCUCCGUGCUCUAGAACGAUACCCUUACUCCUCGUUUGAUGACGACACCCUUCACUUCCGCAAGCGCAGGCGUUUGGGCGGUCAGGCGGACACGUUUAGUGAACACCUGCAGUUGCCUAUUCCUCAGGCACAAAAGGAGCAGCGUCCGCCGCCCUUCGGCCCUUUUGCUAUCCUCAAUGGUCUCAACGAGCCACCUCCCAAUGCGGCCUUGCUUCCUCCAAUUGAACCCGGCUCGAUCACACAGCUACUGACCAAACCGUCUCGAGGCAGCGAGGCUGUGGAGCCGGGCUUACUCACUGCUAAUGCUGCAGAUAGCCAGAUUGCGGAGCGACGAGAAGGUCGCAUCGAGGAGAUCCUUGAUUCUCCGGUCGACAAAGCGGCGGACGGCGAUAUCGCCAGUGGACUGCUGGACGAUGUCGCUGCAGCGGAACGGACACGAACCGAAAAGACAGACACUGAGACUGACAAUAAAGACGCCUCCGCGGAGGACAAUACCGAGCCGCUGUCGCCUAAAACGCGGGGCCGGUCCCGCAAGAACCUUCGUAAGUGGACCGAGGAAGAGACGACUGCUCUGCUGCGAGGGGUGGUCAAGUGCGGCAUCGGCAACUGGACAGCGAUUCUGGCCCAGCCGGAGUUGAAAUUCAACAAGCGUAGCGCAUCCAAUCUGAAAGAUAGGUUUCGUGUGUGUUGCCCCUGGGCAUAUCGGGCCGCGGAUCCCAAUGAAGCCACCAAACAGCUGCAUGACACGCUCGCGAACGCUCUCUCGCGUGCCGAAACCGAAGGGACCGACGGACAAGCGGGGAAGAUCCAUCUCCCACACCCGCGGGGGGCUAAUACGGAGGCCAGUGGCGCUGCGGCGAAUGAGGCCAGCAGCUCAAAAGAUGCUGACUCGAAAGGCAGCAAGGCCAAGAGCAGCACCUUGUCUAAGACUACCCCUACGCUCUCUAGUAGAUCCAAAUCCACGCUGGCGUCCCUGGGCAUCCCGGAGCCGCACUUUACGAUGAAGUCGCGGCGUCGCUCACGCCGCCCGUUUACCGUGGUCGAGGACGAAGCGCUGCUGAAAGGCUACGCCGUGCAUGGCUUCCAGUGGACUCUGAUCCAGCAGGACAAGCGAUUGAAUCUGAGUCAUCGCCGGGCCACGGACCUGCGAGACCGAUUUCGGACCAAGUUCCCGCACGCCUACCGGGACGGAGGGUCCGUGAGCGGACGAUUGCCAGGGGGGAAUCCUGACCCUGGAAAGCAGCAUGCUGCACGGGGAUCUGCUCGCGGGCAGGCGGAGAGCGGCAAUGCGCGCGGGCCAAUUGAUCCAGCGCUGUCGCCUCCAGCCCCGCCGCAGGGACUCCACGAGAGCACGAGCAGUGCGGGGGUAUUUUCGUUUGCGAUGGACGAGAAUUCGGGGGUGGAUGCGACGUGGGCAGAUAAUACGUUGGCGCCGAUGUGGGAUGAGCUUGCAUAG